AUGGCCGCCGACCGUUUUACCGAGAGGACUUUUAUAAUGGUUAAGCCCGAUGGGGUUCAACGUGGCUUAGUCGGUGAGAUCAUCAAACGCUUUGAGCAGCGAGGCUUCAAGCUGGUUGCGAUGAAGUUCAUGCACGCUUCUGACAAAAUUUUGAAUGAGCAUUACGCAGAACACAAAGGCAAACCUUUCCUCCCUGGUCUGGUCAAGUAUAUGUCCUCCGGUCCCGUUGUGCCUAUGGUUUGGGAAGGCUAUGAGGCCGUCAAGCUUGGUCGCAUGCUUCUCGGAGCGACUAAGCCAGAAGAAAGUCUCCCGGGUACUAUCCGCGCAGACUUCGGCCAGUGCAUCGGGCGGAACAUCGUCCACGGAUCUGACGCGGUUGAAACAGCCAAGCGGGAAAUCAAGAUCUGGUUCAAGGACGAAGAGCUUGUCUCCUACAAGUCCGUAUUCUCGGAAUGGAUGCACGAGCUGUAG